AUGUCCGAAGCUGAAAAUAGCAGCGGAGAGCCUCCAAAGAAGAAGAACAAGUCAAAGUCAGAUACCGAGUCAAAACAAGUGGACGAUCAAGAGCAUCGGACUCGCAAGAUCUCCCAGGCCACCAGAACGUUAAAGGCUUGUGAUCUUUGUAGACGUCAAAAGACACGAUGCAUUCGAAGUGAUGAUAAUCGUACAAGUUGUAUACGAUGUAUCUUUUUAAAUAAGCCAUGUUCCUUGGAUGUCGAUCUGGAAGUGAAGAAGUCUCUGAACGAAUCUUUGGGUGUUUCCAUUUCAAAUCAUCCCAUGGACGUUGGUAUACCUAACUUUACCUCCGCUAAUAAUAGCAAUACUACUACUAAUAAUAAUAAUAAUAAGGAUAAAAUAGAUGCUAUUUAUCGAAUGGUUAGAGAGCUAUUGGCAGUGACCAAGAAUCCGUCAACUGCAGCAAUUGACUCUAAACUGCUAAUAUAUGAUCCUCUUGACUCAGGUCCACUACAGCCACUUGGGAGUACUGUUGAUAAUUCCAACAGAAUAACGCAAUCACCAGCUAAACUUGGGGGUCAUCACCAUCACCAUCAAAGAGGUCGUCAGAUGCUGACUACUACUGAUACGGUAUAUGAUCUUGAUAUAAAUUUCCGUCCAAUGGAAGCCAUUCCCUUUACCGUAGUGAAUAAUAUGAGAGAUGAAAUCAAUGAUAUGCCCAAAUUGAUUACUUCUAUAUUCCCACAAUGGUAUCCGUUUAUGCAAUUUGAAAGGAAACCAAGUAGAAAAGAUAUCAUUACUUUGAAUAUCUUAUCAUUAAAUGAAGCAAUUGCAUUAAUGAAUGAUUUCAGACGUAAUUAUGGUAGAUGGGUAAGUUUCCCUCAAAAUUUACCCACUGACCAUUUGGUUGAACGAAUAAGAGAAAAAUCAAGCUUUCUAUUGACUACUUGUUGUGUUAUAUCUUAUAGAUAUUCACCACUACGAAUGACUCAUAAGAAGAAUUAUAAAAUCUUAAUGAAACAUUUGAUAACGGAUUUUAAAGCUGCACUAUUAAAGAAUGCUGCAAUGCAACCUCAUAGAGAUGGUGAUAUUGAAUUCUUACAAGCAAUAGUCAUUCUUUCUAUUUAUCUGCACAGUCUUUCAUCUUCAAUUACUAACAAAUAUAAACCUUUUAUAUUGGAAGAUUCUGGAGAUGACGAAGACGAUAACUUGGAUGAUGAAGAACUUCAAGAGUUUACAUUGGAUCCUUGGAACUUAUCAUCUAUGGGGUUAACAACAUUUAUUUCUAGAGGCACGCUUGGAGAUUCCCUUUUCGGUAAUAUGAAGUCUACUACUUCAAAAUCGUCAAGUUAUAAUCCAGGAACAGCAAAUGAUGGUGAUGAUAUUAAUACCAACAAUACCAAUCCAGAAGAUAGGAUAUUUACCUUUUUAUUUGAUCCAUUAGAAAGCUCCAAUGAAUAUCAAAAACUCACAGUUAUUCGGUUAUACAAUCAUUUGACAUUAGUCCAUCUAGUUAAUUGUGUUAUUUCUGGAAGAAUGUGCAUUCUUGACGACACUCGAUUGGAUUAUUGUAAGAAUACCUUGGGGUUACCCAGCUCUACAAAUUUUGAUGGUAGAAUGAUUAGUGAAAUUCAAAUCUUGGUUAUUUGCUACAAAUUUAUUCAGGCUCUUCUGUUGAGCACCAGCUCGGAAGAAGUAGAAGAUCAUUAUAAAUACACUCAGGGAGAGAUGUUAGCCUGGAAGGGUCAAUGGGAAUAUUUAUUUGAGCAACCAGCAUUACAAUUUGUUGAUUUCUGUUCCAAUUUUGUACAGCUAUUGGUGAUAUUUAAUUAUAUCUAUUAUAAGUUGAAGCUUGAAGGGAAAUUCAAAAAGAACCCCACGAAUUAUAUUCCCCAAUUGGGUAAUCUUGAUUCAGUCCUUGAAUUGGCAAACAUGGCCGAUCUUGCAAUAAUGUAUCAAUAUGCUUUAAACGUUGUGAGUACGAUCCGAAACAUUGAGAACGAUGCAUAUUUUGCGUAUUUAUCAGAUCAAAUUCAUUUCUUCUUUUAUUUCGCUGGGAUUGUAUUGGUGAAGAUGAUUGAAUGUUUCAAGCUGAAAAAGGUAGCCAUUGAUUAUCGACCAUCACGAAGUUGUUUGAAACUUUUAACAAAGAAGUUCGAUGCUGUUGGAUUGAAUAAUGAUUUGAUAUCGACAUAUAAAAAUGGUCUCAUUCAAGUUGCAAAGAAAUGCAAUCUUGAUCUAACAUAA